UGAACAUUAGAGGUGAUCAGAAAACACUCAGAGCUCACUGAUCCACACACAAUGAGCAACGUGAGUGCUGUGCUGAAGCUGCUGCUGCUGCUGUCAGCAGUGCUGGUUUCUGCUCAGGGAUGGAAUAACUACUGGAGCUUACCUGAUUCAUACAGAAGACACAUUGACAAGGCACUGCAUGAUGCCAAUAGACAAUUUGGGGGUCAUUAUCAUGUUGCCUAUGAAAGCAUCCUGAAAUUUAAAGAUGACUCCUAUAUAAAUGUGCGUUUGAUGGUCACUACAUGCAGGAAGGAUGAACAGAAAGGAUUUGGACAUCGAGAUGAAUGUGUUACACAAAAAUCUAAGACGCCCUGGAUUAACUGUGUUGUGUGUAAGCCAAAAAAUGGUGAAGAACUAAUUGACUGUGUGAGACAAAAGGAUGUUAAGAGAAGAAAGGACAUUCGAAAUAAGUGUUCAGGUUACCUCCCUGGAAGUACAGGUCCAUUGUAUCAGAUUGGCGAGGAUGAUGAGCCGCAGGUUGGAUGUCCUGGAUGUGUUUGAUUUUGAGACACCUGAAGUUGCACAUAAGGACCUGGAAACACACAGAAAAUGUGAAUCAAGUAGAAAAUGUAGUGAUGACUGUACCAAAUCAGCUACUCAUAGACAUAUGGUUGAAAUCUACAUAAGAAAUCAUGCAUACACUUGGAUAUUGAUUAAAGAGCUCUUAAAUUUUAAGUUUAUUCUGGCUGCCUGGCUUCAUAUAUGCUUUAAAAUAGCUAACACAAUAAUGAGAAUAAUCAUUAAAAACAAAACUACUGGCCUUACUAAAGAGAAAAACAAGAUGAAAGGAAGAAGUGACUGAGGACAGCCCACAGUUGUCAGUCACGUCCCUCAAAUGUCAGUUCUUUGCAGAUAUGUUUAAAUAAAUGUUUGUUUGAUCCCUGUUCACAUACAGGGGAAAGAU